UCAUUUUGCUGUUAUGACAACUAGAAAUAAAAUCGUCUCUGACAUAUCGCUCACUUCCGGAUAAACAAAUGUAUGAAUUUCAGACAAAAAUAACAAUAUCACCGAGUGUAUUUGUGAAGAAAAAUGGCUACAGAUUAUUUGACAUGUGGCUCAUGUUUACGGGAGUUUCCACUGCAACAAAUCACAACUUUCAUCCAGCACAAGAAACUUGACUGUGAUGAUGAAGUUGACCAGGAAAACGGCCAGUCAGAACUGCAGUGUAACUACUGCCCACAGGGUUUCAUGACAGCCUGGGCUUUGCUGGUUCAUGCUCAGAUCACUCACAAUCUAAAAAUCUUUCUGGAAAAUGCCUCUAAGUCAAUAUUCACAGCCACUAGAGAUGUGAAUUCAAAUCGUAGGGCUAUAGAGGACAUUGAGACGGACACAGGUGUUCUUGAAAGAGAUAAACUUAAACUCAAGAUUUGUGACAGUGCUGUUUUAGACAACGUUCCAGUGACUGGGAAUUCUACUGAAACACAGGUGCUAUUCCCAUCUUCCAGCAAUGAAACAUCUGCUGUGGUGCCGAAGAAUGUAACUGAGGUGAAAUGCUCAAAAUUAAAUUUAGUAUUGGUAGAUAAUUCCACACUGAGAAAAAUCUCCACUGAAAUACCAUCAAUGGUGAUCAAGUCUGCGACACCCAUGUCAGACACCUCUGUUGAAAAUAUUGUGCCACACAAUGAUAUGGCUGUUACACAAAGCAAACCAACAUUGGUAAUAUCAUGUUCUUCACACACUUCUUCUAUUCAAACAUUUACUGACUCAAAUUCACAGAAAUUGUCAUUGCAGCAAAUAACAAUUGUGCCAAAGUUGAGUCAAACAUCAUCAUCUUUAGAUAAUAAGACUUACCUGGUUAGUCAGAUGGGAUAUAAAAAUCAACCAACCCUGUUCAAGUCCUCAAACUUGAUGAGUCAGGCAGGAAAUUUAAGUCAGCCAACAACAUUAAACACCUCAAACGUGAUAAAUACCUUUCUUUCCAAGAAAGUGUGUCUGUCCAAAGAUCUAGCCACAAAAGAAGUACAGAAAUCACAACUUGUUCCAAUUCAGCCAAAACCCUCAUUUAGUACACCAAAAAUUCAGCUAAGUAGUCUUCAGGUACCAUUUAAACUUGCCACAACUGAGCCACUGCUAUCCACUGAAACUAGCCCAACAUUUAAAACAAACAUGGAGCUUAAACUGCAUGAUGAUGCCAAGAAUGCAUCAACUCAUUUUGACAGUGGUGCUGGUCCUUCUGAGAUAAACUCCUCUGUGUCAGCUGAAAGUGACGAAACUGAUGAGCAAAUGGAUGCAAGGUCUGACCAGGGGUGCUGUAGUAACCAAGGAUGUGGAGUAACGAUCAUUCCUGGCUCGCAUGAGAAUCUUCAGAAGUGUUGUAAUGCAGUUGUGCCAAAGAAACGUAAGCUCCACAUGGAACAGAAGCACAUGCCGUUUGCCUGGGGCUCGAGCCGCUAUGCCAGUAGGAAACUGCUGUACAGGAGUAAGGCUUGCAAUGCCGCCAGAGCUUCUGCUUCUAUGAUGAAUCGACCACAACAGUCAAGCAGCACAAUCUAUAUAGAUUUAAAGCCUGACAAUUUCAUUACUAGUGACAGUCAAAGUAACACAGAUGUCAGCUCCAGUAAUUACCCUCAGUCUGUGACUUGUUCAACAAGCUGUGUCGAAAGUUCGACUCUUCAGACAAAUUCAUCAGGGACCAAUAAACCAAGGUCAUUGAUGUUAAAGCCUGGGUCAGUAUUUUCUAUACCUUUCACCUACAAGAUACCCACACUAGUCUCUCAACCUACUUCCACACUGCCAUUUAAAAGGGUCAACUAUAGUUCUACACUCCCAACCCAGCGAUUUGUCAAGGACCAGUCUGCUGGUUCUCAAAUUGUAAUCACAGAUGCAUCAAAUAUCUACACAAAUGUUACCACCAGUCAUGGGACAAAGCCAGGCACUAGAGAAAUGAUUCGUUCCACAAUUUUGGCCAGGAAGGCACAGAGGUUAAAGGCAGAAAAUGAAAAGAGUGACAAUACAGAGGUCUUGAAGCCAUUCAAGUGUGAAAAAUGUACCAUGGGCUUCAACCAGCGCAUACACCUUAAGAAACACAUGAGUAAACACACAGGUAUCAAGCCAUUCAAGUGUGGGGAGUGUAGCUAUUCCACUGUGGAGAGAUCUCACCUCAAAGUCCACAUCAGGAUACAUACUGGUGAGAAACCAUUCAAGUGCACAUACUGUGAGUACGCAACGGCCCAGAACUCUACCCUGAAGAUCCACCUGAAGCGUCACCAUGGCGGCCGCAUGUUCUCGUGUACCUCCUGCCACAAACAGUUUACCCAGGAGCAGCAGCUUCGAGGUCAUGUGACUGAACAUUCUGACCAAUCAGUGGCUUCCUCUGCUGGCAAGGCCCCAUCAAAAUCUGCUCCAAGCAUACAGACCAGCCCAAACCAACCCAAUGUCACCUUACCUGCGUCUCAGCUAGACUGCUUUUCUAAUAAACCAACCAAUCAGAGACAAAUUUUGUGUCACAUGCCUACAUUGGAGGACCUGGCAGCCAAUCACAGUGAAGAUGAGAUUCAGGAGGAAAUGACAUCAAAGAAGACUGAUGAGAAUGCUGAUAUUGGAUAUGUGAUAUCUAUACCAGAAACAUCCGAUUCUGACAGUCAAAAUUUAACCAGUUGAUAACAGAAUGCAAAUUUAAGAUAUUAAGUUUGUUCUUGACAGAUUUGUUAUUAUUUAUUAUUUUUAUUUACGGUAGGUAUUGGUGCAUUGUCUUUUUAAUUUAUUAUUGUUUUAUGGGUUGAUGACUUGUGUUUUUUUGGCACACUUCAGGCCCAAAUUGUGCUAAACAUUAAAGAAUUAAACUAUCCUCAUAAGCUUUGCUUUGGGAUGAUUUGUGUAAUAUUUACAUUCUUAAGAGUUGUUUGACGAAAGGAAAAUUAUAAUCAUGAAAAUCAUGUUAAACUUAUUUUUAUAAGUAAAAUCAAGAUUAAAUAAGGGAUUCAGCUAAAUGAAAUGAGAUAAUUCAACAUGUUAUGCUCUUCGAGAUUUUUCGAGAUGUUGGGGCCAGAUUUAUGACUACUCACUUAAAUUCAUACAUAAGAUAUAAUUAUAUAUUAAGAAACUUAUGCUUCUGUAUACUUUGUUAUUCAAUAUCCAUGUAAGUGGAUUAUUAUUAUUGGUCUAUAAGAGAUUAAACAUAACAACAUUUCAAAUCACUAUGUUACCCUUGUUUUAUCUGAUAGAGGUACGUCUGACUUAAACUGCCGAUGAUUGUUGGUUGUGGUUAAUUGUAUGAAUUUGAUCUCCUACUUAUGCAAACGUAACUUACUUUAUUUUGCUUACGAAUAAUAUUUUUUACCUUUGUUAAGUCUUUUAUAUGUAUUAUCAACUGUAGUCCGUUUCCUCUUUUGAGAACAUUAUUUAAAGGCAUGUAUUAAUUCAUUGUUCUUUGGGUUCUUGCCUUGUGCCCCCAAACAGGGUAAUCGGUUUAUUUUUUGGUUUUUGACUACUUUGCAUGUCCCUGUAGUUUUCAUUGUAUUAUUUAAAUCAGUCCUUUGUAUUUGUCAUUUGCAUUGGUAAAGUUUUGCUGAUUGAGUAACUUUUAUUUUCGAGCCUGUUUAAUGGACAUUUGUUCACAAUCAUUGGAAAAAGGAUAUACUUUUACUAGCUGCAUAUUAAUACUGUAAUUACUUUUUAUCUUGACUUUUUGAUGAAUAAGGAGGUCUAUACUUCUCAUUUGGUUAAUGUUUUAGGGCAUGUUGGCAUUUUCACUUAUAAUUCCAAUAACCUUCAUACUUCAAUCAAUUGUUCAGGCCCAUCACACUAUUAGGUAGCAUAACUCCUAAUUACAAAUUAUGGCCCCUGAUUGACUUUGGAGCCUAGGUUAAAGUUUUAGGGGACAUUGUGUCUGAUCAAAUUUUUAUGGCACUUUGGGAUUCAUUAAUAACCUUCAUUCAGUACUUCACACACUUGUUGACGGCCAUCAUACAAUUACAAUAUACAUGUAGGUUACAUAACUUCAUGUUAACCUAAAACGUUAUGGUCCUUGUUCAAGUAGGAAAGUUUGGUUUAAAUUUAAGGGCACCUAUGAGUUUUACCAUUCAUUCAAAGGACUUAAUACUUCAUAGGUUUGUUCAUGGCCAUCACUCAAUUAGGUUGCAUAACUCGAUAUUUUUCUAAUGCAAAUUUUGGUCUUGAUCAACUUAAUAAGUAUUGUUUAAAUUUUGAUCGUUAAAAUCGUUUCUUUUCAAUAACUUUUGAAUGUAUUGUUGUAGUCUUCAAACUUAGUAUGCACAUUAGUCACCAUCAGCAGAUAACCUUUAAUAUAUAAUAUACAUUGAUGACAUAGUUGGUCAAGAUCAUGGUAAUCUAUACAAGAAAAAAUGAUGCAAGUUUCCAAAAGAUGUCUUUUCCAAUUUGCAGAUCUUUUGUUACUUAAAAGGCGAUAUAAAUAUAGCUUAUUUAGCCACGGUUGUGGUAUCAGCAACACCACGUUAAAGAGACGCCACAAGAGUUAUGCCCCUUUUACAUUUAGUGGUCUUGUGCAGAGAAUAAUUUAAGUAUUGAUUAAUAAAUUAUUAUGAAACUUGGUGACAAAGGCAUAACUUCUCGGUCAAGUUUUAUAUUUGGAUAAAUGGCCACAGCUAGCUGUUACUUCAGAGUCAGGUUUCUUCAACAUUAAAAACACCCAGUUGGUAUAUAUAUCUUGUGUAGAAGAUAUCUUGAGUAUUGAUUGCUCAAUCAUGAUGGAAAUUUGUGGGCAAAUUCUCAGUGACUGCCUUUUUGUUUGAAAAUAGUUUCUUAAUUUGAUGUUCUGGGAAAUGUUGUGUUGCCUCAAAGUUCAGUCCAGCGUUUGUUAAUUAAAUUAACUUGAACCUAAAGAGGUUCCUUUGAUGUUUGGUGAUGAUAAUUGGCAAUCUCCCAUUUAAAUCGUUAUCUGACUCUUAUGGUAAUAAAAAAGCGUAAUUCUAGAAGAGGAUAAUUUUUAAUUAUGUUCAGUAUCAGGUUAAAGGUGAAUUCGCCUUAAACUUGCUUUUCACGUUUUUCAGUAAAAUGUUACCUUUUAAGAUCAGAGAAAAUCUUGUAUUUCAUAUUUUUUAUAAUAAAUUUUAGGUGGGCUUUAAACAUAUUUCAAUCGUGUCACUUGAUUUACUAUUUAUUAAAAACAAUGAUGGUAAUUCGACCAUAAAUCUUCUUAAUCUUAUUUGAGAUUAUAAAAACCAAAUUUCUUUCAUCCUGUUUCCAUAGUAAUUCUUACAUUACAUGUUAUUAUCUUUCCCACAUGCCUACAUGACAUGUCAAUGCUUUCUCUUCAUUGACAACAUAUAUUUCACAUUUUCACAACAUAAUAUCAUGAAUUGUUAAUUUAUUGUUUGGUGUUUUAAAUAUUGACAAAUGAAUGUGUGUCGGUGCCAAAUCUGCGUCAUUAUGCUGUAGAAAUAAAUCACGUGAUUCAUCAUUAAAUACAUUGGUUACUGUU